AACGGAAACAACCUCAGAGCUGAGAAGCAGAGCCGCUGUGUGGAGAGCCCGCCGCGCUCCGUUUUUAUAUAUUGUGAUCUGUAGCUGAAGGCCGCGAUGGAGAUGAGAUUUGAGAUGAAAUUGGCGUUUUGCGUGUUGGUGGUGCUUACCGGUUCAUCGCAGACUGGAGGUCAGAGCAGUGCUUUGCCUCCUAUCCUCACUCCGACUGCCAUCCCGAGUCAUGCUGGAGCCUCUCCUGACCUGACUGAGAAUCCUGCGAAUGAGGUCUCACAGCGGACAUACAGCCCUGCAGGCGGGCAUGAAACCUCAACUGAAACCACCACCAUUACCAAGACCAAAGUAACCAUCCAUUCAGAGAAUGCAACCAAUGCAGAAUAUAAAACACACUUGUUGACCUCUGCCGUGCCUACAUCUCAACACAUGGAUGUACCUGUUGUCAUGACUACUCACCCUGCUGCUCCUUCACCUUCAGCUGCUGCAGACGGGCUUUUAUCUACUCCGACUGUACAGAGCGCCACCCCUCCGCAGCACAUCUCAGCCUCUGACGGCAGAGCCACUCUGACCACAGAUCCCCUCACCACCUUUUCAUCUCAGCCAGCCCACACAGUGCAGGAUACAAGCUCCACAGCCCACGCCUCCACCAUCCAGUCACAGUCUGAAUCACCGGCCACAGCCAUCACACAGCCCACAACCACGGGAUACCCUCUGACCUCAGCUCCAGGCCGGGGGCCCGCUGGGCCUACACACCGGGAGGUCGCAUCGGAGCUUAAUGUUGGAGAUGAAGACCUCAAGGGGCCGCGCCGCUCAAGCUCCCCUCUGGACCCCCUGCUGGCCGGCCUGCUGUCAGUGUUCAUCGUCACCACUGCUAUCGUAUUUGUCGUACUCUUCCUCAAGUUCCGCCAGCGGACAAACCACCCAGAAUUCCACCGGCUGCAGGAUUUACCCAUGGAUGAUUUGAUGGAGGACACACCUCUCUCCAGAUACACCUACUGAUGGAAGCAUCCUGUCACUCACUUCCACUACUUAAGCAAACAGACACCAAAGGAAGAGCAGCGUGGGUCUGAGAAAAGCCUUUUCCUGGAUGUACCUACAUCUCUGCAGAUG